CCUCCUCUCUCUGCUCUGCCUGCACUCAGACGCAUCUGGACUUGGUGCGACCUGGAACACAUAUUCAGCUCCGUAUUGUGCAAACAAUAUGUUCUUAUAAAGUGUUUUAGUGAGUGAAACCAUGUCGUCUUUUUGCUGAAAGUUCCAAGGAAGGUCUUAAUUUUCAUAACACCAAACGCGAGCUGGAAUACUUGGAGAUAUUUGGAGACUUGUUACUUUUACGCACGGCGCAGUGUUGAUUUUCUGCAGAGAUUCUGCACUACAGAGGUGUGGAAUAAUCAUGGGAGUAACAGAGUGAUUUCCUCAGAUCUGGAGAGGUCUUUUGGACGUCGUUAUUUCCGAGCAGGGCUGGUCUGAGGGCAGAGGGGAGCUAAAUGCGGCUGACUGGAGGAGAGGCUGCACCGGGAACCAUGAACAGCAGCAGCAGCGGCUCUGGGAACUUUCUGCUGGUCCCCAUUCCGGAGUACCCUCUGCUGGACUGCGUGCCCAACAAGACGGUGAAGAUCGUGGUGCUGGGGGCGAGCAACGUCGGGAAAACAGCUCUGAUUGUUCGGUUUCUGACUAAAAGGUUCAUCGGGGAUUAUGAAGCAAACACUGGAGCUCUUUACUCCAGAAAGGUCACUCUGGAUGGGGAGGAAGUGUCGCUGCAGAUCCAGGAUACUCCCUGCGUCGCUCUGCAGGAUGAUGCUGAAGGCCUGUACUGCCAGGAGCAGAUCAACAGGUCAAUCUACUGGGCUGAUGGUUACGUACUGGUUUUCUCAAUCACCGACCACAACAGCUACCGAACCAUCCAACCACUGUACCAACACGUCAGACGAAUACACCCCUCUGGAAACAUCCCUGUCAUACUGGUUGGAAACAAGAGUGACCUGCUCAGAGCCCGACAAGUGCCGGCAGACGAAGGCGAGACGUUAGCAGCGUCAUUAGGAGGCGUUUACUUUGAGGCCUCGGCCAGAGAGAAUCACGAGGGAGUCCACGCCGCCUUCCUGCAUCUCUGUCAGGAGGUCAUCCGAGCUUUGGGAGGAGGGAACGGGGAGAAGAGACGAGGAGGCCUCCACCUGGCCAGACCCAAAUCUCCCAACAUGCAGGAGCUGAAGAGGAGGUUCAGACAGGUUUUAUCAUCCAAAGUCAAGUCUGCAACCACGCUCUGAUGACCGGCCUGGACCUAAAACGUAAUUCAAGAUCCGAUCUUCUAGGGAAGCCAAAGAGAGCUGGUUCCGCUGGUGAUGGAGGCCUUUGGAAAAGACGGCGAGAGUCAUUGAUAUGAUUUUAUGUUUGGGAUCUGGGGAUUUAAAGAGCAUGAGAAGACGUCAUCAGAUAAACGGAUAAAGACUGAAUGGAGCUUUGUGGUCUCUGUGGUUUGGAUGAAGCUCAUGGACAAUAUGACCUCUUCCAGGUUCAACCACAACAAGUAUGCUCCUCAAAGGGAACAGACUGUUAGACAAACAGAUCAUGUUUGUGUCAGAAACUUGGCGUGUUUACCGUGAAGGAAAGUGAGUGUGUCAGGGAAACGUCACUGGCAGAGUCAAAGUCAAAUAGUCGUGUCUCAGUUUUCUAGAGACUGAAAAAUCCCAGUAAACAUAAGGACUAAUGUGGUUUUAGAUUCUCUUUAAGAACAGCUGACAAGACAGCAGUUGUUUUGAUUAUCCUGUCAGUUAACAAGGAGACUCUCACUAACUCCAAACUAUUUUUCUUCAUUUUGUUUGGAGUUUUUUUGUACUUUUGCAAGAAAUCAAGGCUGAAAAAGCGGCCUCAUUUCUUUCCGUUCAAGACUGAAAGUUGAUUUUAAAUUUGUACCUCGCUACUAUCAAAUAAAUGAUGCCAGAGUGUUUUAUAGAA